AUGAAGCGAACCAAAGAAAAUUGGAUUGAAGGGCAUCCACAGGAUCGCAACGGUAUUUCUGGCUGCCGUAUAUUCGAUGGGGAAGAUUUGCAUUAUCAAGAAAGGAAAAGAGCCCAGCAAGAAACCCAAAAGAAGUGGAUCGAAGAACAAAAGAGAGAAAACGAAGAAAAAAAGCGAAGAGAGGAGGAGGAAGAAAGACAAUAUGCUUUUCAAACUCAGCAGGCAAACAGAAUGAGAGGACUUCUUGAAGAUUUUUUAAAAAUAAAAAUAUUUUCUAUAUCUUUAUCUUAAAAAUGAUAGAUUUACUAUAUAUUUUAGCCAAAUAUAUUAGAUUUUAGUAUAUAAUAAAAUAUUUUUAAAAAAAAAAUAAAAAAUUCUUGAAGAUGAUUUAGAAAGUAAAAAAAGAAUGAUGCAGUCCUCCACUAGAGAUGCCAAUCUCCAAUUAAGCCGUGAAAAGAAAGAAAAAGAACGCUACGAAAACUCGCUUAAACUGAGAGAAGAAAAUCAAGAUUUAUUAGAACAGAAAACAAUAAGGCAGGUCCCUCCAUAUGAAAACCCACUUGAAUAG